AGAGGAAGUUACAAUUUAACAUCCCACGGAUGUUCGACGCUGAACGUGCCGAUCAGUCGAUCCUGAGUGUCUUGCAAAAUGUAUCAGUUGAAGAAUGGUAUUAUCGCCAUUCUCACCAGUUUUGUGUUAUUUGCUAAACCCAGUAAUGCCGCGCUCUUCAAGUGCUGUGGUGAUGGAUUUGUUCUUGAUGAUCAUCUGGAGUGUCAAACUGUUCAUGAUAAGACCAACAUCUUCCUGAUGUUGAAUGGUACGAGAGAAGUUUUGAGAGAAUGCUCCAAAGGAAUUCAUGAUAACGUAGCAGCAGAAGGUGACGACACGGAGUUGGUCUGCAUGGGAUUGCACGUGAAUGGAACAGUUGUCACAUUAUCCUGCGAUAAGAUGCUGAGCAAUGAGACAUAUGGCCACUGCGAUAGUCCAUUUAAAUUGUUGAAUUUCUGGGGUGCAACCAUGAUGAUAUUCGCUACAAUCAUCUACACCUUGCCCUACAUACUAGUAGCUAUUGUCUACUGCGUGUACGCCGAUCUGCGAAAAAGGGCAUUUGAUAAUUCACUCAUAUGUUACAAUUCAUCAUACGUAAUGCUCAACUUGACGAUCAUCACACUCGGCUUCUUCGAGCUUUGCCACAGGCCACUGCCGGAUUUUGUGUAUGGAAUAUUGGGAUCAGUGAUCGUGUACUUUACUCAGGCCUCUUGUUUAUGGCUAUUCACCCUGUGCUUCGACAUGACACUCGUUAUUACAAGAUUUCGAUGGGCGCCGUCAGGCAGUUCGAAGGCACGAAGUGAAAACCGAAAAUUCAGAGUUUACUCCAUGUUCAAUUGGGGAUUGUCCGUCUUACCGGCUUUCAUCGUUGUGAUAACUGAAUUCGCAUUGUCUCUACCGAAGGAAUCGCCGGUGAGAGCGAAUUUUUCAGAUUUUCAUGGACCUCCAAAUAAAUCUUUAUUAAUUUACACACUUACUAUUCCGGUUUUGUGUCUUUUGACGAACACUGCUCUUUUUAUUUAUACGAGUUACCGAAUUGUGAAGGUGAAAAAGGAUAAUCGAAUAUUAAAUGAGAAUAAUGCGAGAAAAGAAAAGGAGAAGUACUUGGUUUACUUGAAAUUGUAUAUAAUCAUGGAUGCUCCAUGGUUGACUGGAGCCUUGUCCGCUAUUUACCCCAGUCUCUGGAUAUUGAAGUUUUUCAGGAUCUUCCAGCCGAUUUUAAUGCUCUACAUCAUUCUGCCGAAGAAGAAAAUAUUGAAGACGAUUGGCUGUUUGAAGAAGACUCAGCAAGUGAGAGUGGAGAAUUGCCGGAAGGAUCUGAAGGAUGAUGCACACAAACCGCUUAAUGAAAAUGCCGUGUGCUAAUUAUUUCUCCGAAAGACUGCGUGAAAUCAUUUGGACUGAUUAGAAAGUAAUUGGGGUUCAAUGGGUUGUAAUCGAAAUAUUUGGAAAUGUGUUUGGAUCGAGUAAUCUAUGUUUGCCUCGAUGGAAAGGGCGGUUCUGAAACUGAACGGGAACUCAGCAAUUCCCCAGCAGGAAACAGUUAUAGCGCUGGUGAUAGACUCUUUAACUAGGUUACGGACAGAUUGAAAUACUCGGAGCAAUAGUUGAGCUCGAGCGCCCUGAGCAAACAUCGAAUUAAUGGAAGAAAUUGAAGUUUUGGAGACAAUUAUAGAAUUAUUUUGGUUAAUAAAGGUAA